AUGGGGAGCGACGGCUCCGCGGAACUGACUUCCCGACACAUUCCCCCCUGCGAACCCGACCAGCUGCGCGCUGUUUCUUCCGCCCCUUCCGCCCCCUCCGCCAUGGCUUCCGCUCACACCGCCCGCCCGCGCCCCGCGCCCGUCGACGAGCGAGCCGCCGCGCGCGUCAACUCCGCCGGGUCGCCCGGCGGCAGUCGCAGCCCGUCGUGGAAGCUCAAAGGAAACAUCUUAAGCAAGGCGCUGCGUAGCCUGCAGGGCCGCGGGAAGCAGAAAUCGCAAUCGACGCUCGCCGUCGAGAGCGACUCGAUGGAAUCCAACGGUCAGCAAUGCAGCCGGAGCGAGCGGAUGGACGAGUCGCAGCUAGCGGCGCUGCCGCGUCCGCAGCUCGCGCGGUCGCUGUCGCACGGCAGCCGCGAGAAGACGCGCCUCGGCUUGCCGCCACAGCAGCAGGCCAGCGUGCCCGCGAGCCCCUUCCACCUCGACAGCGGCGCGGUCAGCCCGGUUUUAGGGCCGACAGCAUCGGCGCCGACCCCGCUGAGUCCCGAGCCGCAUAUGCCGGAGAUGCAUUUAAUGGACAUGGAUAUGCCGAUGCUGGCGCAAGCGGCGCUCGCGCACUCGCUGGCGCAGCAUCCCGCGAGCUCGGGCGGCGAAGCGUCGCCGUCGAGGCGGGCGGAGGGGGAGGCUGCGGGGUGCGCGGCUUCGGGGGAAUGGCCGCCUAGCGGGUGGCCACAGGCGGAGGCCGGCGGAAGUGGCGCGCAUGGCGGAAGCGGACGGCGGAGCAAUGCGGCAGCGGGCGAAGGAACUUCGCAGUCGCGGUCCAUCCCGCCCAUUCCCACCCCUCCCGCGCCCCUCUCUCCGCUUAACAUGCCCCUGGCGGGCGCGCCGGUUCCCCCAAGGGAGUCCCGCUCCGCCCACCGCAGCAGAUCGCGGGAGAAGGCGCGGGGGCACGGGGGACACGGCGCGCACGGGGGGAGGCAGUGCCAGCGCAGCAUGAGUCACGACGAGGGGCAGCUGAACGGGUGGGUGGGGGGGGAGGGGGAAGCGGGGGAGGACGAAGAGGAGGGGGAGGACGAGGAGGGGGAGUGGGGGGAGGCGGAGGAGCAGGUGCGCGAGAAGCUGGCGCGCAUUGAGGAGAAGCUGGCGCGGCUGCGCGCCAAGCGGCAGCAGUACGUGGCGCGUCUGCAGCGCGUGCAGGCCAAGAAGGAGAAGGUCGCGGGGCCCAUCCAGCAAUGGCUCCGCCCGCCCCCGCGCCUGCAGCAGUAG